AUGUCUGCCUAUAGUCCUUACAACCCCAUGCAUUCCACGGCUAUGAACGGAAAUAGCAACGGUUACAGUUACAAUGGAGCAGAGACAUUGAAUCGCAUGGUCGUUGAUGGGAACUACAUAGAUGGAUCAUGGGAAUUGGCUGUAUUUGUCGAGGAUCUUGGAACUGACGUUCGGGUCCGUGUGUUGGGGGACCUAACUCUGGGUGGACUAAUGCAUCGUAUUGUGGAAUGUGCUGGUGUUAAACAAAGUUGGUCAGACCAUGCACUAUGGUGGGUAGAUCGAAAAAUGUGGCUUCUACACAACCGAAGCACAUUGGAUCAAUAUGGAGUACAAUCAGAUGCCCGACUCAUGUUUCGUCGUAUGCACGGGGAUUUGCAAGUUGUGUUACCAUCCCUCAUUACUGUGGUUCUUCGUGUCAACUAUGCAGCUCGUGUGUUCAGUGUGGUCCGUAGCAUCUGUAAGGAACUGAAUAUUCGACAUCCAGAGGAAUUAUCUCUUUCCUUGCCAAUCACAAAGGCGCAUUUGAAAAGUAAUCGACCUCUUCCGACUCUGCGGCACGCCACAAAACAUCAUCCGAAUUCUGUUGAUGGGCGCACAGAGAAAGCCACGUUACGUUCCAAACUGACUGGUACAAUGUCUGCUGGCCAGGGUUUUGCCAGCACUGUGGAUGGUGUCCCUCAUAGUCCAUAUGGGACGUUGCAUUCUGCAGCUGGGACGAUGAUGCGUUUGCAGUCAGAGAAUUCCCUGGACCGCGAACGACUCGAUGCGACCCAUUUCGCUGAUUGUGCAUUUAGACGUUCGGCUAAAACGGUGUUUACUGAUAAUUGGUUGAUGAAACCGAAAAACUUGAUUCAGAAAGCUCGCUUGAAUAGCGGUUGGCUUGACUCUUCCCGUUCCCUUCUCGAACAUGGCAUUGAACCACCUUCUGCAAACCAUUCCGUGGAAGAAAGUGAAGCCUUACCCACGGUCUAUUUAAAUUUCAAAUUCUAUGCAUUUUAUGAUUUGAAUUUGAAGUAUGACUCGGUUCGAAUUCAUCAAUUGUACGAGCAAGCACGUUGGUCGAUUUUAUCCGGACAGUUGGAUUGCACUGAAGAUGAAAUGGUUGUUUUUGCGGCUUAUCAACUUCAAGCCGAAUUACAGUCAGCUGCUGCAAGCCAAACAGUUUACCAAUUAGGGUACACAGACCCAGGUACAUCGAAUCAUUAUCCUACUUUGGGUGCACCCAGUACUGUUGGGGCUAGUUGGGCCUCCAAUCCAGCGUCACCCGGGUUGAGGCCUAGUCCAGACCCAAUGGGACGCCAGUACUUAUCUCCUUCAGCCACUUAUUACAAUAGCAGUGGUCCUGCGAGUGCAUCACUCAUGCGACUACCCGGUACAACUUCACCUAUGCCCGGUGCUAGUCUGAUGGACGGGGUUUCUAAUCGACACGGAUCCGAUACCAGUGGGAUGGACGAGGUGGAUGAGCUGUUAGCCGAGUUGGAACAAUCCUGUGGAGUAGCCGAUGAAGUGGGCUCUACAGCACGCACACUGCACACACACAACACGUCAACUCUAGCCACUGGUGGGACUUUACGAUCUGUGGCACGCUCGGGUCCAGUGGAUGUGUCAGAUACCGCAGAGAUUCCAUCACUUCAGGAGAGCCUUCGUGUUUAUCGAGAUCGUACACUGCUGAUACGACGCUACAAAGUGUUAUGGGUUGUGAUCGUGGAGGCCCGUUUAUACCUAUAUAAAAGUCACACGGAUACGGAAUUCCCUUUAGCUGUCUAUUCAUUACGGGAUUGUAAUAUCACACCAGACGUGAGCACAGCCAUGCAGAAGUAUAUUCUCAAGCUAUCCUUAUUUGUAGAGCCGAGUCGGGAGAACGGAAGCCGCACAAACGGGAUGCAUUCACCUUACCCACUUUCAACGGCCCCCGCACGUGAUCAAUCAGCACAAAGAGAAGAGGUUUGGCUUCGAUUUGAUACUGCUGAGCAAUAUGCUCGUUGGUUGGCCGCUUGUACUCUGGGAUCUAAAGGUAAAACUCUGGCCAGUAGAGUAGCUUACGAGAAGGAAAUGGAAACCAUUCUGGAGAUUUUGCGCCUUCAAGUUCCCGGUCCAACUCCGGUUAUUUCCACCGCAGAAUCUGUGAAAUACUUGGGAGAUUUGAGUAACUUUUGUGCGGAACGUAUUAUCCGUAAAGCAAAAUCCAAGGAGUAUCUCCGACAAAGAAUCACUGAAGCCCAUGUAAACAUUCGUGAUGUCCCCUUAUUGGAAUCUAAAUUCAAAUACAUUCAAGCCUGGCAAAGAUUGACUCAUUUCGGUCGGAGCUAUUUCACUGUCCAGUUCGAUCGAGGUUCCAACCUUGGUCUACCUAGUGGUUCCGGUGGAUUGUUCAGUACACCCGUGGAUGAUGUAGUCGCCAUAUGCCAGGGCCGUUUCGAAAUUGUAUCCCCACAUUCUGGUGAAGUACUACGGGCAUGGAAUUUUACGGACUUGCGGUCGUGGAACGUGAAUUGGGAUGCGGGAAAAGUGUUGCUUGAUUUUCGCAGUGAACAAAUUUCCUUCCGACCGUUGUGUACAAAUUGCAAAACUAUCGUGGAAUUCAUUGGUGGCUAUGUGUUCCUUAGUCAGCGCACCCCGGAAAAGAGUCAAGAAUGCAAUGAGCGUCAAUUCCAUCGUCUUACUGGAGCAACAGAUUAA